AUGAGGCCUGUUCCAGGCUCCUUAUCAUCACUGCUACACCUGCACAACCGUCAAAGACAGCCCAUGCCUGCUUCUAUGCCUGGGACUUUACCUAAUCCUACAAUGCCUGGAUCCUCUGCUGUCUUGAUGCCAAUGGAAAGACAGAUGUCCAUGAACUCCAGUAUCAUGGGAAUGCAAAGCCCAAACCUCAGUAAUCCAUGUGCUUCACCACAAAUUGCUCCAAUGCACUCAGAAGCUAAAAUGAGGUUGAAGGCAGCUUUGACUCAUCAUCCUGCAGGCAUCUCCAAUGGAAAUAUGAAUACCAUGGGUCAUAUGAUGGAAAUGAUGAGCUCCCGUCAAGACCAACCAGCCCACCAUCAUAUGCACUCACAUCCACAUCAACACCAGACACUUCCACCCCAUCACCCAUACCCCCAUCAGCACCAACACCCAACACACCAUUCUCAUCCUCAGACUCAUCACCAGCAGAAUCACCCACACCAUCAUUCUCACUCACAUCUCCAUGCACACCCAGCACAUCAUCAGACUUCGCCACAUCCGCCACUGCACACAGGCGGGCAAGCACAGGUAUCAGCAGCAGCUCAACAAAUGCAACCCACACAGACCAUACAACCACCACAGCCCACAGGGGGUCGUCGAAGGAGAGUGGUGGAUGAAGACCCAGACGAGAGACGGAGGAAAUUUUUGGAACGAAAUCGAGCAGCUGCCACCCGGUGCAGACAGAAGAGGAAGGUUUGGGUGAUGUCACUGGAAAAGAAAGCAGAAGAACUCACCCAGACAAAUAUGCAGCUUCAGAAUGAGGUUUCCAUGUUGAAAAAUGAGGUAGCACAGCUGAAACAGUUGUUGUUAACACAUAAAGACUGUCCCAUAACAGCCAUGCAGAAAGAAUCACAAGGAUACCUAAGUCCCGAAAGUAGUCCUCCUGCUAGUCCUGUUCCAGCCUGCUCACAACAACAAGUCAUCCAGCAUAACACCAUUACAACUUCCUCUGCUGUCAGUGAUGUCGUCGGAAGCUCCACCCUCAGCCAGCUUGCAAGCCAUCGAACAGAUAUGAACCCAGUUCUUUAAAACUGAGCGAUCAGCAACUGUGAUGAAAAAUAUGAUAGCCUAUCAGGUUUCUUUUCUGUUAAAGGCAUUGUCUUCUCAAGAUUGUUUCAGAUCUGAAGGACUCUGCAGCCCCCAAAAGACUUAUGAGCUUGAUUUUUUUAGUUAUUAAAACAUCUUUUAUACUUAGUAAUAAUAAAGGGAUUUAUGCAAUGACUAUGCUAUCAGCUUGGGAGAUGCUUGGUGCUUUCUCUAGUUUUCUGGUACCAUUUUCUUGUUUGUUUGUUUGUUUGUAACCAAACUAUUUCUGUACAUAGCCAUGUUCCUUCUCAUCAUCGCUGGUUGGCACCACCGAAGCAUCUUAUAACAGUUUCAUUAGCCAAAAACUGAGGUUUAAGAAAUAUGAAACAGCCAUACACUUGUUGACAGUGCAAUAAGUACAUGGUUUUUCAGCGCCAUCAAACUCUCAAUCACGCUCAUAGCUUUGCAAAUCAUUAUUCUGCUUUGAAAAUGUUUCCACAUCCUUUGGCGUUAUGGCCCUAGGGGUCCUGCUCUCAAUCCAUGUUCUCUUUUUCUGAGCUGUUGGAACUGAUUAUGAAACAGUAUAAAAGUCUUCAAUAUUUCUGAAGCUUUCUGAAGGGAGGAGGUGAACCCAGGUUUUCUCAGUCUAGCUGUUUUCAGAAAAGAUUUGAACGUACGCAGACCAGAAAGGAUGUGCCUGUCUGGAGUUUGUUCUGCAAUAUCACAAGCCUUUCAGUUACCAAAUAGUUUAUGUUUUUUGCCUACCACCAGAAUACUCAUGCAGAAAUGGAACAUUAAUACAAAACAUGAAAUGUUUAAAUUGAGUAUGGGUUUUGAGCUUCCGUGGAGUUUUCUGUUUCUUCCUUGUAUGCUGUGACCUUCUGCACUUUUCUAUUUCCCCAUAUAAACCAUGUAGUUGUGAGUCUUCUUUCUACAAAGUCUUUAUGGUAUUUCAUACUAAAACUCUUGUUUCUGUUUUUCACUGCUUGCACAGUUUCUAUUUAACGUUGAAGGAGCACUGACAUUGAUGAAAAGCCUUCCUGAUCCACCAGCUACUUGCUCAGAAGCAUCUGCUAGUUCAUUCUUUUUAACAGCCCCUUAUCCACAGCUGUGUGGGGUUUUGAUUUUCUCUGAAACACUUUUUAUAUUACCCUAAUAGGGUGUUUUAAUAAAUAGUAAAGGUUGAAAGCAGUUUUACCUCAGGUAAAGCUACUGAUGGGGUCACGGUGCUAGUGGAAACCUUGUAAGAUUGUUGCUGUAAGAAUCUAUAGCACUGAGAAAAAGUAAAUAUCACUCUGACAGUACUAUGUUUUUUGUUCAAUAACAAGAAAAAUUGUCCUCAAUUUCAUAGGAUUGUAACUGCACCAAACCACUACAUUCAGUGACUGAGUUUGUCACUGAAUUGAGUUCACCCAAUACCUUAAGCCAUAUAGUGAUUUGUUUGAUUCUGGUUUAGCAUUUUCUAUAAACCCAGCCAUUAUGUCUUGUAAGGAAUGAUUUGGCAUAAAAUAUUGUGUGAACCCAGUCAGUUUCGGUUCAUUGAAUAAACUAUAGUCUUGCAAAUAGUAUUUUAAAGUAACAAGGGAAACCAGAGAGUAGAACAAUCUGCUUACACUUAAGUAAUCUUGGAUAAAGGAAUUGUGUGAGUCAGAGACACAAUGCCAUGUUAUCGGAUGCACAGCUAAGAAUUGCUAAUAUCAGGGAAGAGCAGAGGAAGGGGGUGGUUAUAAUCAUACCCUGCCUCUGGCCAUUUUGUGAAGGAGGAUGCUUUAAAAAUCAGUAAUUGGGAAAUGGCAUUUCUUACGAGAUCCUAACUAGGCCCUCUUCACUGUAUAAGAUUCAAAGUUUUAGCAUUUAAUUUUCCAAAUAAAACUGUUCAGUCCAAAAAAAAUUUUUUUGUUACACUGACUCAAAAUUAAGAGUUAAUUAAUUUCCUAAAAUCAAAGACUCCAGAUUCAGUCUCAAACAAAUCUGGGAGCUAUCCUCAAGAAUCACUGGUAAUCAUUGUAAAUAGCUAUUUUCACCAGUAGUCUGACUUAGAUAAAGAAGUUUUCAGUGUUAUUAACAGGACUCAGUUCCAAAUAAAUUUUCUCUAAAAUUAUACAUUGAUUUUUUUUAAAACACCCAGCUGAAUCUCGAGUCAUGAAAUUGGUCAUUUUGACAAGUGAAGAAAGAUGAUAAGUGCCACUAACCAUUUCUGAGUUUUAAAAGAACUUGUUCUUGAUACUAAAACUGAGGCUGUGUUAUAUCUGAACUCAGGCUGAGAGUAUACAUUUUGAAUAGCAUUACAUACCAGUUAAACUGGCUAUGUGUACAUAUUCUUUUAAAAAUGUUCUGAGAUAAAAAAUGCAUUUCAGAAAAAAAAUAAGUUGACUUUUUGGCAAAACUGAUCAAUAUUUUAGUAUCUAGCACCAAAUCAACUACCACUGCUCUUUUCAAUCUAUCUUUUCCUUUUAUAAGAGUUUACCAAUUAAAACAUUACAUUAUAAUACUAAUGAGAUCAAAUGAAUUUUACAACAAUCUGAGAAGCAAAAGAAAUUUCAGUAGGAAAUAGGUUUGAAAAUUACUGUUUUUCUGGUCCAGAUUUAAGAAGAAAAUGUGUAAUCUGGAUUGGCCAUAGUGGAUUCCAAUUCAGCUAAAAUUAGCUGUGACAAAGUUGUAUGAAAUCAGUGGAACCGUGUUCGUUAUAGCUCUUCAGUCUGACUCCUUUUACAGGAAUAUGCAGCCUAACCUUUCUAUAUCUUUCACUUAAAGAAAGUUCUACAGUGAACAAUGGGCCCUUUUCCCAAACAGAUGUGCAUAGGAUUGUGGACUAAAAUAUCAGAUCUGUUAGCUGUUUAGGGUUUGAAUAAAGCCAAAGAUCCAUCUGCAAGCAGAGAGUUCUUCUAGAGGAUAUCUGCCAGCUGUAGAAACUCCCUCAAGUAUUGGGCUACCAGAUCUGGGCUACAAAAAGCCAGAUGAGUUACCAAAAAAAGCUACAAAAAGCCACUAGAAGGCAGCAAAGAAAUAAAGAAAACAAACUCAUCUUGAUUUCUGCAACCUGGAUGCGGUAGCCCUACA